CGUUGUUCUGAACAGUUGUACGGGUGAAAUUAAGAGAACUUAUACAUACAACGAGAUGUGCAAGUGUUAAUCACAGAACAAGAAUGACGAGUUGUAUAACGAAUAUUUUCGUUCUUUGUAGAACAAGCGGGAGGAGUUACAGAGGUGUUUUGACCUUUAACUGAAGGUAUCCGUUAUACAAGAGUGCUGCUACCUGCUGCUUUCUCCACACUGCUGAGUUAAGAUGAAGCUGGUGACGCUAGUGACUCUGGUGACGCUGGUGAAGUUGGUGACGCUGGUGACGCUAGUUGACCUGACCACAGCUCAGUUUUCCCCUCGGCGGCAACAGUUUAUUAGCUUCCCCCAGAUAAGAGGACCUGUGCCUCGGGACGGCCAGGUGGUGGAUAGUAGCAGCCAGCUCGGGAUAGAGCGUGACCAGCUCGUGGCAGAGCAUGAUCAGCUUGCGGCACAGCAUGACCGGCUCGGGGCAGUGCAUGAGCAGUUCGGGGCAAAAGGAGUGCAACUCGGGACAGAGCGUGACCAACUUGGGACAGAGCGUGACCAGCUGGGGACAGAGCGUGACCAGCUGGGGGCAGAGCGUGACCAGCUGGGGAUAGAGCGUGACCAGCUUGGGGCAGAGCGCGUCCAGAUUGUGACAGAGCGUGAUCAGCUUGGGUCAGAGCGUGAACAGCUUGGGUCAGAGCGUGAUCAGCUUGGGUCAGAGCGUGAACAGCUUGGGUCAGAGCGUGAUCAGCUUGGGUCAGAACGUGAUCAGCUCGCAGUAGAACGUGAGCACUUGGGAAAGAGCGCAAACAGCUCGCGGCAGAACGUGAUCAGCUUGGGGUGGAGCGUCAACAGCUUGCAGCAGAGCGUGACCGGUUUGGGAUAGAGCGUGACUAUCUAGGAGAAGAACGUAAACAGCUUGCGGCAGAGCGUGAACAGCUCGAUGCAGAGCGUGUCCAGCUCCAGGGAGAACGUGACCAGCUCGCGGCAGAACGCGACCAACUCGCGGCAGAGCGAAGAAGGAACUGUUAAGUACAUACCUAUGUCAUGAUCAUGGUUGCAAUCCAGAUGCUGCGUGAACACUGGGGUGUUACCAGCAAGAUAUAAUAUUCAUCAAGACCCUCCCAGACAGGAUAAUCGCGAAGAACAAACCCAGGAUGUUAGGUUUCCAACGAUUCAUGUAAGACAGUUUACUCACAGAAGGAUUGUAACGUCAGUCAGCUGUAGAAUUGAGACACUUAUGCAACAUAUGUGUGGCGAAACGUUUCCUGAAUAAAGAUUCCUGUAUGUUGCAUAAGUGUCUCAAUUCUACAACUUGUCGGUUUUUUAAACCAUUUAUCACAACGUCAGUCAGCUGCAGCGGUGUGGACCCAGCAAGAGAUGACACACAGACUUUUCCAUGCCAAGGUGAGGGAAUUUAAGGACGGGACAGCAUGAUAGUGAUUUUCUUUGUAUUUAACAAAUCAAAAUUGUAAUUACACAUUGCAAACUAUGCUAAGAAAUAAAUCCUUAACUCAAAAAAAAAAAAAUGCCAGUAGCUUAUGUUUUUGGCCCUUAGGGCAUUUUUUCUCCUCAGAUGGCUGUUUGCCUGUAAUAUUUUUUCGUUGCUUUGGUUAUCAUUUACAGACAAAUUCAUUAAACAUUUCCAAUGAUGAUUUUCUUUUUUUUUUCUUUCAUAUGCCAUUGAUUAAAAUUACCGUUUAACGAUUAGAUUACUUAUUAUGUUCCUGAUUGGUAUUAUUAUUGGUAUUAUUUGCUUAGCGCUUCUUUUUUGAUUAUAAUAAUAAUAAUUGGUAUUAUUUGUUAAUGUUAUUUUUCUGAGGAUGAUCAUAAAUUUUUUCUCAUAUAUGCAACCUAUACACAUUACUUUUAUACAUGUAAGUUACCUUGAACGAUUUUUUUCCCAAUAUAAUAAU